UUUGCUGAAACUCCCUCCCUCUUUUCCCCUGUCACACGAACAAAGAAGAGGGAACUCAGAUGAACUUGAUUUCUCUGUGUGUGCAGUAGUAGACUCAAGUUUUGUGUGUGUCUGCAACCCCUAACUCGUUUAUUUCUUCAAUUUCACGAUGAAAAUCAUAUUUUGAUUUGGAGAAAAUAAGCUUCCAAUGGGAGGGUUUCCGAUGAUUCUAGGGUUGAUUUUUGUUAAGGGGUUUCACUCUAAGAUGAUUGGAGAAGUUGAUUUGAUUAACCGUUUUUUAUUAGCUUUGAUUUUGAGCAUUUGAUUUUUGAGUUUGGGUUUUUUGAUUUUCAGUUAAGGGUUUGAUUCUUAUCGAUGAAAAAAAUAAUCAAACCCUUAAAUGAAAAGUUUAGUCGACUUUAAAAGUUGGUCCCGACGUGCUAUUUUCAAGAAAAUGAGGUAACCCUGCUAGGUUUUAUUCAUUGAAGCACCUGUUUGAUGAAUCUUACACAUACUGUUCUACUCUGCUUUGCUCAUGUUUCAUAGUCAAUAACACAAGAUUAUUAGAAGCCGCCUGCAAGCGUAUUUCUUUGUAAUUCCUACAGAUAGAGAUGGGGGAGCAGUCAUUUUUCGAUAAAAUGAUGAUUAAUCUUCGUUCCACCUGCAAGUAUUAUACUGGACAUCCAAAGGAUCUUGGGCCAUCAAAGGUUAUCCAUUUUACUUCAGAGCGUGAAUUCGUUCAUCUUCUACAUCAAGGUCACCCGGUGGUUGUUGCGUUCACCAUCAAGAGUAAUUAUACUAAACAUCUUGACAAAGUGUUGGAGGAAGCUGCUGCUGAGUUUUAUCCACAAAUUAAAUUUAUGCGCGUUGAGUGUCCAAAAUAUAUUGGAUUCUGUAUGACACGGCAAAAGAAGGAUUAUCCAUUUAUAGAAAUGUUCCAUAGCCCACAAGAAGCAUCAAAUCAAGGAAGGGCUGUUGAUCCGAAUGUUACAAAGUACGCCGUGAAAGUUUUACCUUACAACUACGAUGUGAGCGCAUAUGGAUUUAGAGAGUUCUUCAAACGUCACAACAUACGCUCAUUCAAUCACGAGUAAAUUGGCGCAUAUUCUGGGAAUUUUGCACUACAAUACUUUGGGUAAUCAUACUCUUAUGUCGAGUUGAGAAAUGAAACGAGCCGCUCCCUGGACUCAGAUUCUGGUUUCUUGGCCAGCGGGCUUGUCAUUAGGGGUGUCAAAUUCGUACCAGUAAACCAACCAACAUGGAUGACAACUGUACCAAUUAAGCUGGUAUCAAGUAAAGUUGGCUGGUACAAGAUAUAAGAUUUCUCAUAUCAGUUAUUAUAUUAUAUUUGGUUUUUUAUACCAAAAUGAAUUUGAAA